GGUAUUAUAUUGUUGAUAAUAUAAGUAAUGAGUUGCUUAUAUUUCUAAAUAUAAUUUUAUGUUUCUUAUAUAUAAAUAAAAAUAAAGCAUGCCACCACGUGAAGAGUUCCCGACUAAAGGAUUGGAGGGUGCACCAAGUAAUGAUAUAGGUUGGCACUUUGGAACUCCAGUGCCAAAUGCGAGAGGAAAUAUCGUAUGUAAACUUUGUGGUAAAGUUGUGAAAGGAGGAAUAACACGAUUUAAAGAGCACAUUGCUCAUAAAACCGGCAAUGUUGCACCAUGCCCUAAUGUUACUGGUGUCAUUAGAGAAAGUAUGAUGAAUGUACUAAAAGAAAGCAACACAAAGAAAAUAGACAAAAAGAGGAGAAAAGAUGAAUUCUUAUCUCAAUUAAUAGAAGAGGAGGAUGAGCACGAGGGAUUCAUUGAUGAGGUUUCUGCAAUAAGGCAAGCAACUCGAGAAAGUAUCCAAACACAACACGAGUGGCAUAGAAGGGAAGAAUUCAGACGAAGUACUGGUGGUUGGGAUAACAUUUAUGAAGAAAGACGAUCUUCUCAUGGAUCAGCUAGAGAACAUAAUAGAGAAAGAACAAGUAAAUCCAUCCCAGGUGAGUCUGAGUUUACCUUAAGGGGAGUUAUAUCUGAAUUGGUUAGAAGCAAAAGUUCAAAGCAACCAAAGGUCACUGACUCUUUUUUAAAGAGUUUUCGAAGGAAGAUAGGUGAAACGGUAUCUAAAUUUAUAAUAUAUGAAAAACUUCCUUUUCAAUUAGCAAGCUCUCCAUGGUUGUAUAACUUAAUUCAAGUGUCAGUAGAAGUUGGACAAGGUGUAAAGCUCCCAACACCUUAUGAGGUUUCAAAUAUGUAUUUGGAGUCAGAGUAUCAACGAGUUCAUGAUUGGGUAAAUGGACUAAAGACUCAUUGGAAAGAAUUGGGUGCAACUCUAAUGUGUGAUGGUUGGACCAACAGUUUGAAUCAAAUGCACAUAAUUAAUUUCCAUGUUUAUUGCAGUAAAGGAACCAUUUUUUGGAAAUUGGUAGAUGUCUCAAGUGUCCGUAGUAGAGAUGUUGAAUUCUACUACUGUUUGUUAGAUUCAGUUGUAGAAGAAAUUGGAGAAAAUUACAUUGUCCAAAUAGUGACUGAUAAUGAGGCAGCAAUGAAAGCUGCAGGAAAAAAAUUAAUGUUGAAAAGACAACAUCUAUAUUGGACCUCAUGUGCAGCUCACUGUUUAGAUUUAUGCCUUGAAGAUAUUGGGAAAAAGCCCAGUGUAGCAAAAGUGUUAGAUGAGGCAAAGAAAAUGACUUGCUUUAUAUACAAUCACAUUUGGACUGUUGAUUUGAUGAAGAAGUAUACACAAAGGAAACAAAUACUUCGACCCGCUCUUACUCGAUUUGCAACUCAUUUCAUUCAACUUGAAGAGAUAACAAGACAAAAGCAAGAUGUUGAUCCACUAUCAGAAUGGCUUCAUGAGAAAGAGAAUCCAUUGUUAGAUGGUGAAAAUGCCGGUGUGUUGCCUGUGGAUACCUCUGAUGAUGAAAUGGAUGUUGAUCAAUCUCAACAACAAAUUUUGUCUCAUUCAAGUUCUAGUUCAACUCCAAGUCAAAGUGGCGAUGGACCCGAUGGUUGUGGCUUAAGUCCAAUUGAUGAGGAUGAUGGAUAUAGUGGUAAUAGAGGUGAAAUUAGGUCUUUUAGUCAGUAUGGAGGAGAAUAUGGGGUUGGUACCACUAGUGGACAUUUUCGUGACAGAUCAGAGUUUGAUGGAAAUAUGUUUCCUGAACCUAGGAGAGAUAGAAGUGAACCUAGAGCUCCAUCAAAGGGAAAAGGCAAGAAGCAUACUUCUAUAGGCUCUUCAUCUGGUAGGAGAUCGAGUUCUAGUAACCUUGGAUAUAGUGAUUCAUCUACUAGCACUAAGGCCAAGAGAAUCAAGUCAAGAACGCUCCCAAAGUGA